AUGAUUCCAAUGCUAUUCACCUAUACAGGUCUUGCAAUGGCCUCAUCACGCCCCGCGUUAUCGAGUUCGAUAAAUAUAGGAGGAAAAAAGAUUCAGAGUGAUAACGAAAAUUCGACGUCUGGAAUGCCACCACCGCCUCCAAGCGGCAAUAACACAUCAGGAAUGCCACCAUUUGGAGGUCCUGGAGGAAAUUCUAGCUCAGGAAUGCCUCCAGGAGGACCAGGCGGCAACAAUACUGGAAUGGGACCAGGCAGUGGAGGAAUGGGUCCUGGAAGUGGAUGA